AGCUGUUGGGAGGGACUGCGGUACAAAUGCAGCAGCACCAGGAGAAGCAGAGGAAGCUUAUGAAUGACUGGUGGUGUCCUGAUACACACUCCCGCGGACAUUUUUUUUUUUACAUGAAUGGCUAUUUUCUCUCUCUCUCUCUCUCUCUCUCUCUCUCUCUCUCUCUCUCUCUCUCUCGGAUUAAUGUCGUGGGCGUCACAUUGCUGGCUGGCUCUUAAUGAGACCGAGGGAGAUCAGACUGUCUGAUUUGCCAUGCCGUUCGUUUCCAUACUGUAUUCUGUUUUAGUCUGACUACUUUGCGCUGUGGUUUCGGUCUGAUGGUUAAUUACUCAUCGGUGUAAUAGAACGCGUGCGCUUGCCUGUUUGGUCCAGCCGUAGAAGAGCUGUUUGGUGUGAUCAAACUGAGCAAAGGUUCUCCUUCCUGCUGUUCACUAUGUUUGGAAUAAUAAGCAUCAUGAGCUGAUGAGCAAAGAAGGAAUUAAUUUUUUUUCCCCUCCUUUAUAUUGCGACUUAGAAUAUUAUUCUGAUCCGGUUGGUAAGCAUGGAGAAUGCAGUGAUAUACGCACCGUUUAGAAUGAGGCAGGUCAACAUGGUAGAGGACAAAAAACAGACGUAUUUGUUUUAGGUGCGAAUAUUAAGUCGGCAUUACAUCUGUGAUGAAAGCGCAGACUCCGUCUUUUCCGGCGCCGUUGGAUUAUGUUUUUUAUCAAUGAGAUGCGGCCGUGUCCCCGUACGCGUGCACACGAUGGACUGCCUUUCUGAACGACACGGAGCCCGCCAGCUUUGUCUUUCCGCCAGGUGUCUGAAAAAGGAGUCACGAAGAGCUGCUCAACUUCUCUGCCACGGACACACAAACCGACAUCUUGCCGCUGGUGCCGUCGCGAUACUGUUUAAUGUCAUAAUUCAAAACGGGCCGGUUGCUUUGAUCUUGUCAUCACCAUGUCUCUUGCCCUUUAGUUAUGUUAUUUUAAUUUGUGUAUUUAUUUGUGUUCUUCCUUUCCUCGGCGUUAUAGUUUUUGAUCUGUUAUUGCCGGUAGUUGUCGCGACCAGAUUUACGCGUGUUUUGACUGGUUUGCAGGAGACAGACGCGGCGCAUCUGUCGUUCAUCAGCAUAUGUUACCUUUUCAUCAGCUUUUGCUUUUUUCUUUUUCUUCCUCUUUUUUUUUUUUCCUUUGUGAAUGAAUUAAACUGCAAAACAUUCCUGUGGAUGGUGACAAAAUAUCGUUGGGUGCAAAUUUGAUUGGUUCUAGUGUGCUGUAAGUGGGAGUUUUUUUAUUUUUUUAUUUUUUUUUUUUCUGUAACAGGAAGUGAUCUGCGGUGUUGAGUGAGUCUUUUGUUGAGAAGGGUCCUUUUCUCUCUCUCUCUCUCUCUCUCUCUCUCUCUCUCUCUCCCUCUCCCUCUCUCUCUGCGAGUGAGUCAUGCGUGUGCCCAGAUCUGCCAGGCUGCGGAGAGUGAGAGAGGCAUCUCCUUCAUAAAGCUCUUUUCUCCUCUAUCACUGGACCUCCCAUCGCAGAAGAGGAACAUCUCCUCACGUCCCCACGCUCCUUCUUUUCCUUGCUUUUCUCCUUCUCCCGUCCUCCGGCCUCGAUGGAUUGCGCGUGUCGUGGUGUCGUUUUGGACCUGGCGGCGGCAGGGAAGCGUGCAGGGUUUUCGUAGGAUUUCGGGAGCAGGAGUCCACGCCACCGGCACCGCCGCUGGCUCCACAGGUUGGCGAGCGGCGCCGGAGAGAGACUUCCAGCACGCGUGGCCCUGUGCUACGCCCCGUGAGGAGCAGACGAGGUGGUGGCGGGUCGGUGACAGUGAGGGGGGGCCUUGCGGAGGCUUUUUUUCAACUCCAGCAUGCCGGACAAGGGGACGGCGAGUUUGGCGUCGGUUCUGCCCCUGUGUACGUAGGCCGGCGGAGCCAGGGGCAUGCUUCAUCGCGCUAAAUACAACCGCUUCAGGAAUGAGUCAGUCACGUCCGUCGACGAGCUGCUCCACGGCCUGCCCAUGAACGCCAAGGUGUCGGCAGCCCCGCCGCCUGCUGCCGAGCCCCCUUACACCCUUCCUGCAGACGCCCCGGCUCCCCCCGACCCCGGCGAGGACUCCGGCACCACCCUCUGCACCCUUAUCAACAGAGUCUCCAACCUCAAGUUUGCCAACUCUGGCAGCCUACUGGGCAUCAAGGGCCUGCCGUCCGCCGUGAAGGACCUGGCCGUGGCCAAGCUCCAGGGGGCGGGAGGGGGCGGAGGCGGAGGCUCCGGUAGCCCGGGGCCGUCUGGCCUCCCGACGGCCUCCGGGGGGGGCGGCUCGUGCGCCUCCUCCGCGGCGGCGGCCGGAGCCCUGCACGGCCCGCAGGAGCCAGGCUCUGUGAGCUCUGGGAAGAAGGGCAGGAUGGAAGAAGCGCAGUCUGGGGGGGAGGACUGGAACUUGGGUAGGCUGGGCAGCAUGGCGGCUGUCGGCGGAGCCGGAGCUGGAGGGGAGGGAUGCGUGGGGCUGGUGAACAAACCCUCACGCGGAUGGCUGCACUCCAACGAAAAAAUAUCCGGACCAGGGGUGACGUACGUCGUGAAGUAUUUGGGCUGCAUUGAAGUGCUUCGGUCAAUGAGAUCACUGGACUUCACAACAAGAUCCCAAAUAACGAGGGAGGCCAUCAGUCUGGUGUGUGAGGCAGUACCAGGCACCAAAGGAGGUCUGCGCAAAAGAAAGCCCCCCUCCAAAGCUCUUUCCAGUAUUUUGGGGAAGAGUAACCUCCAGUUUGCUGGUAUGAGUAUAAACCUCAACAUCUCAAUCAGCAGUCUGAACCUAAUGACCCCUGAUUCCAAACAGAUAAUAGCAAAUCACCAUAUGCAGUCCAUAUCUUUUGCAUCCGGUGGAGAUCCGGACACAACUGAUUACGUUGCUUAUGUAGCAAAAGAUCCAGUCAACAGGAGAGCAUGCCACAUCCUGGAGUGUUCGGAUGGUUUGGCCCAGGAUGUGAUCUGUACGAUAGGGCAGGCGUUUGAUCUGCGCUUCCAGCAGUACCUGCAGUGCCCUCCAAGCAAGCUUUCUGCUAUCCACGACAGAGUCCUCAGUGUGGAGGAACCUUCAUUGACUGAGGAAGGGGAGGAGCCUCCCGAUCAUCCGUACUACAACAACAUCCCUGGCAAGAUGCCCCCGCCCGGUGGCUUUAUUGAUGCUCGACUAACCAAUCAGGCGGCAGAGAGCAACCAGGGGGUAGCAGACCAGCCGUACUACCAGGGCAGGCCUGUACUCAUUCAACAAGGGUCUUGUGACAUAUACAGUCUGCCCGAGGUCAAAGGUCAGGCCCCUAAACCUGAGUUGCCCACGUACGUGAACACGCAGCACAUCGACACGCAGGUGCGGGCCGCGCUGCAGGGCGACGUGAAUGCAGCCUGCGAGUCGGGCGUGGGCGCUGCCCUUCAGGACAGUCUCGGGAAGGACCUCUUCGACAUGAAGCCUUUUGAAGAUGCGAUCCUGUCUCAGCCAGCGUCAGUGGGAGCGGCAGCAGUGAUGUGCGCCGCCUCGGGGCUCCACAAGGUGGCGUCGGUGGACAACUCGAGCCCCCUGCUGGUGCGCGCUGCGGCACUACGGACCCUGGAUGAGCUGGAAGGUCAGGCCUGGUACCACGGCGAGAUGAGCCGCCGUCAGGCAGAGAAGCUGCUGCUCAACGAUGGAGACUUCCUGGUGCGCAAGAGUGCCACCAACCCAGGCUCAUAUGUGCUGACGGGCAUGCACAAUGGGCUGACCAAACACCUGCUGCUGGUGGACCCAGAGGGAACGGUACGAACUAAAGACCACAUAUUUGAGAGCAUCAGUCACCUGAUUGGUCAUCACCGUGACAACAACCUACCAAUCGUCUCAGCAGGAAGUGAACUGUGCUUGAAGCAGCCUGUGGAAAGAAAACAGUGAUGACCCCAAAACAUCUGCACGAGGGGAACCGGGUCAGCAGCCCAAAAUUACCCCGAAACCCUGAUACUUGAAGAAUAACCGUGACGAUAUGAAUACAGAGAGAGAUGUUUGACGAGUCCUGGCAGCAACAGGAAUGACGAAUAUGCCGAUAGAUGUGGUUGGAUAACCAGCAGUGAGGUUCACACCAGACCACUCUGGACUAUGUCAGACAGAUCUGCGGGUAUAAAGAUGACACCUGAUUUAUAGAACUGUUAUAAUUAUUUUGCUGUGAUGACUGAAAUUCUAUAUUUUUGAGAAGAAUAGGUGCAUUUGGACAUAUGUUGAUUUGGUGUUUUAAAAAGGCAAAUGUAGUUUAGAUGACAAGGAAAUCAACCUCCAGGAGGGAUAAGAUUUAAAAAAAAGUAUUUUAGAAUAAGCUAAAAAGUUUUAGUUUUGUCUAUGAAGCACAACAGGAUUUACAUGUUCGUUGGUAAGAGUUAGAGGAGAAACAAAUAUUUGAGAAAAAAAAAGUUGUUUAUAUUGAACUAUUUUAGGAAUUGUUCAUUAACUGCAGCUUGUGUGACAGGUCAUUUGAUAGGCCGCUAUUGAACCACUGUUGGGCUUGUUUUUAUGGAGGAAGAUAUCAGUUGUUCGCUUUAACAGUUGUCUCACACACACACACACACGGCUUUAAAGUACUGACACUUUUCUAUGAUGUUCAAUCUUUGGCAAAGCAUUCGCAUGAUUUGAAAACUUAACUGUUCUUGUGGUCAUUGUUAGUAGCUCCUAAGGCCCUCUGAGAGGUGCUUGUGUUUGCUCACAGUGUAAAAUAGUUCUGCUUUUCCUGAUAUUUACUGAACUUGGUUCCUUCUUUAAACUUGUACAAGGUGUGUAGUUAAUAUGUUCAGGGCUUCUUUUAUACCAUGGAUGUUUAUAUCACUUAUGGCUUUCAUGACUUGAUUGUGGGCUUAAAAAAAUAAAUACAUUGAUAUUAUAAUUAUUCUAAUUUAAAAUUAAACAAUUAUAAAUGGAUAGCACAAACAACACUUAAGCUCAGAUUUACUAAGGUAAUUAGUACAUAUUAAAAUUGUUAGCAAAGGAGUUUUAGAAACACGAUCAAUGAUUGGAUGCUCACAAAUUAAUUACCCAAUCACUGACUGUGGGUGUUUUUUUUUUGUUUUGUUUUUUUUGUUUUAGUUUUUGUUGCGCAAGCUCCGAAACUCUGCGCAUGCUAAUGAUUUUAGUGAAUCAAGUGUUUUAGAUUGUCUGUAUGUCAAGGAUGCUUGCCAAUAUGUUUUUAUGCACAGUGCCAAUCAUGGAUUAGAGUUUUCAUAGUGUGCAUCCUAAUUUGAAGGAAAGCAAACUGCAGUACCUGACAAGUCUUUCCAAAGUAAAUCACAGUAUGUUACAAAAGUG